UGGCUUUGCUGGAACCUCNAAAAUGGAACACUCCACCAGCAGAGCAUGAGUGCCAAAGACGGCACUCUGCCAGUCGGUGGAUCUGGCUUACACAAUGUUCCUGUGGAGUGCUACCCCCUCUACGACAUUCUCGUGGCUUGUAAUUCAACCAAGUUGGACGCUUUGUUCCUGGAUGUACAAGGACCAGAGUAUGACAUUUUGACCACAGUUCCAUGGGAAAAUGUGGACAUACAGUUGAUCAUGGUGGAAAUAUCAACCAUGAACAAGAACAUGAAGCAGAUAGAAAAGAAUAUGUUGGCUUUGCUGGAACCUCAUGGUUACAAACUCAUCAAGCAGCUGGGGCGGGACUUCAUCUAUUCCAAAGUAUGAAAUUGAAUUAAUGCAAACUUUCUAGAGAAAAAAGUCCCUCGUGGGAUUUUGAAAGUUCUGAAAGAAAGAAAACCGUCAACACAAAACGACUCGGUUGAUAUAUUGUAUCUUUAAAAAAUCUUGCACAAAUCUUAAGCACCAAUGCCAUGGUGUAGGAUUUUCUCCAAAAUUAUGUGAUCGUUCGCGUGAAUCCACGCAUUGUUGCGAUUUGAACAUAACAUUUUUCUUUUGAACGUGAUGAUAUUUCCUGAGUUUCUGUUGCACAAGUGCAAAAUUGGGGGGAAUACACAACAUACCAUUUGGUACAGCUUGAUAUCAAGUGUUCUUGGAAUGUAUGCGGUGAAAUGUUCAGAAUGUGAUGCACUAUCUUUGUUGUGAAAUAAACAAAGGUUAUUCAGCU